AUGACAAGGGACUGGUCAAAUCUGCCUCGUGACCUUGUUUCACAAAUUGUGAGUGGUCUAGGGCUUAUUGACUUUCUCAGUUUCCGUGGUGUUUGCGAAGAUUGGCGCGUGGCUUCUUCCACACUUUCCUCUGAAGUUAAAGAAUCUCUUAGGUGUGAUCCUUGGUUUCUCAUCUAUGAAGAAGAGGAAGAUUCUCACUCUCAGUGUUCCCUUCUGAGCCCUGAGAAUAAACGCUACACCAUCAACAUCCCAGAACUGCAUGGAGCAGCAUGCCUUGCAUCAUAUAAAGGAUGGUUACUUCUCUUUCGCCACGGUUCGUUGUUCUUCUUUAGUCCCUUUUCCAGGGCAACAAUAGAGCUUCCAAAUUGUCCUUUCGCUGAAGCAACUAAUGAGCAUGUUGCAGCGUUUUCAUCUGCCCCCACUUCUAAAGAUUGCAUUGUUACUGUUGUCAACCGCAUCAGUGAUUCUGAGUUGGAACUCUUCUUCAUUUGCAGAGGGGAGAGUGAAUGGUCCACGCGCUGCUAUGAUGGCUAUAAGCUUAGUACAAUGACAACAGCUUUGUUUUGUGAAGGCAAGGAAUUUCACUUUCUGGACGUGGAUAAUCGAUUGGCUAUCUUUGAUUCUGAAACCAAAGAAUGGAACAGGUACAACUAUCGUAUAUGUCGUGAACGAUCAAGGGAUCAACCUGCAUCAUCGGUUAGAACAUUGAGCUAUGUGGUACGUAAAAACGUUUUUCAGGAUAAGAAUACCAGAAAAAUGGGGUUAUUAGAAGAAAAUGAUUCGAUUUCUACAUGCGGGACUGCAAUUCCACACCCUAAAGGUGAAUUUCAUCGGAUCGUGAUUAAGAGUGAAAGCAUUGAGGCAGCAGCAACUCAACCUGAAAGCCGUCAUCUUAAAGGGGUAUGGAUCCAACCCAUAUAUUUUUAUGUUCCUCCUGGCCUAACAUGGUAA